AUGGGAGGCAAGGUGAGCAAGCCGGUCAAGGAAGCCGUGAGCGGAGCAAAGGACUCGGGCGUCUUCCUCCUUGUACAUGAGCCGCUACCAGAUGGUCACCUCCCGUCCAAGUUCUACAAACUGGCUGACAAGCUGACAGAGGUCCGCAUCGACGGCUGCGAGCUCGGCGAGCUUGAUGAUGAGAAGACGAGCAAGCUGGCCGGAGUGACCCGACUUAACCUGGCCAACAACGCCCUGACGCACUUGCCCAACUCGAUCAAGGACCUGACGGCUCUCGUCGAGCUGGAUGUGAGCUCGAACAAGUUGUCCAAGUUCCCGUCGAUCGCAACUUGGGACAGGCUGACCAACUUGCGGCUGGGCCACAACGCGCUGACCUCGUUUGCCUCGCUUGCGUCAGCGGCCUCGCUCGCCAAGCUCGAUCUCUCGCACAACAAGCUCCGCGCCGUCCCGACGGUGGUCUCCAAGAUGCCGGCGCUCACCUCGCUGGAUCUCUCCCACAACGCCAUCACUCUUGUUCCGGCCUCGCUCGGCAACGCGCCGCGUCUCAAGCAGCUGAAGCUUGGCCGCAACGCCAUCAACGACAUCGACCCGGCGCUGGCCUCCAUCGCCUCGCUCUCCUCGCUCGAGCUCGACGGUAACGCCCUCGAAGACAUCCCCAACGAGCUUGGCUACUGCACCGCGCUCUCGUGGCUAGUCCUCAACGACAAUCCGCUCGACGACAUCCCGCUCGACAUCAUCGACGACGUCGACGCGGUCAAGGCUCAUCUCCGCGACCGCGCCGAGGGCCGGACCCCGAGCGAGCCCGCCGAGGCCGAGCCGAGCGAGCCCUCGGACGCCACAGACAUCGAUGCUGCCGAUGACCCUCCGGUCGCCGACUCGACGAGCGGCGAGCAUGAGCCGACCGGCGACGACGACGUGCCCGAAGAGUUCGAGUACGAGUACGAGUACGAGCCGGUGCUGGUCGACGCCGGGAAGGGCGAGGACGACGCCGAGCCUGGUGCUCAUCACAACGUUGGCGACAGCCCCGACGAUUUGCACGAGUAUUCGUACUACGACGAGCUCGAUGAGCUUGACGAGAACACGGCGCCAGUCUCGUUUGUUGUCAAGAACUCGCUGGGGGCGGUCGACAAGGAGUCGACGGCCUCGCUCAUCACUCAGGCGUUCUCGGGCAUGCGGGCGGCGCGCGAGCCGCUCCUCCAGCAUCUGCACAUGUCGCUGGACUCAAUCCUGGAGCCGUCGCUCUUUCCUCGGCCGCCAUACCACGCCGACGAGCACUCGUCGCCAGAGCGCAGCUCGCUGCAGCCGCAGCAGCUGCCAAACACGCUUGUGAGCCAUCCGUACACCCAGGGCUCGCUCUCGAUCUCUCGCCCGCCGACGCAGUCGGACGACGUUGGCCUCUUUCCGCCGCGCACGCCGCUGACGGCCUCGCUCGGACUCCCGCAAGACAACACUUCACUUUAUCAGCGCCACACCGAUGCAUACGGCCUGCCGGCGCGCACCUCGCCGGCGCGUUCGCCGUCACCAGAGCUCGCCGCCCGCGCCCCGACGCUUGCGGCCUACAUGCCGGCGACCGAGCCGAAUGUGCCGUACUCGCAGCGUCCGGCGGCGGCGUCGUACCUCGACCCGACUCCGGGUAGGCACACCACGUUUGCCUCGUCAGCGUCGGCCUCGGGCUACGCCGGCGCCUCGACCGCUGCGGCCUCGUAUCCCUACGCCGGCGAUUUGAGCACCCGCAAGACGUAUCUCUCCAAGUACAUCGAGCUCUCGCGCGAGCUGUGA